GCAGGACGGGAGAGAGGGCCCCUGGGGAACGGGAACAGAGCAGGGACAGAGAAAGCGUGAGGUGGGCGGGCGAGCGACCUUGUCAGUCAGGCUGCCCACCUGCCCUCUCCCAUCGGCAGGGUGGGUCUGAUCGCUUUAUAAGAUACGCUAUGUAAUAAAAGAAGAUACAGAAGCAUGGAUAUGCCGGAAUGGGGUGGCAGGAAGCUCCAGGAAAAUGCGGGAUAUGCACAUAUGGAGAAGAGUUGGAGGACCGCGAUCAGCACUUUUAUGCAACAAGGCAAGCUUCUUCAGCAAUAUCCACCCAGGGGUCAAGCAGGUGUAGCAGAUUUGCGAGCACAGCAAAAGCCCACCUCUCACCUCACCUCACUGCUCAGCGCAUGUCGUAGGUAGGAGGAGGGCCCGGGCCGGAUACUUACGAUCCUCUCACUCCCGCCCUUUCAACCUACCUCGCUGGACCACACCCCGAAUUUCCGCUGCGAUGGCCUCCACGGCAGCAACAUGACAAAUGUGCGAAAAUGACAGCGCCGGAAUCGCGUAUACCUACCCGUCCUCCGCCUGGGUUUUGCCUACGUCAAUGGCCACCACGUGUCCCCCGAAUCACCCGGUCACUUUUUCUUGCUCGACCCCAUACAUGCCUCACUGGAGGACAAGAGAGAGGUAUUGGGUCGCCUCGCCCACGGCUUCGUCUGGUGACAUGAACCUUGAGAAGGGGUCCAAUGAGCUCAAUCUAAAUCCUUCUUUGGCGGGGAUCGGCCACUACGGCGAAUAUCUCCGUGCUUCAAGGUCACGUGGUGCCUUGUGUCUCUAGCUUCCCCCCAAUCCCCA